UCCUGCUACCUCACUCACUAGCACCACCACCUUAGAGAGAGAGAGAGAGAGAAAUUGAGAGAGAUGGAGAGCUUUCUGAAGGAGCACAGGGGAGGGGAGUCGGUGCUGGACCUGAGCCCGAGAUCCACCGUCGGCGGUGGAGUCGAAGAUGUCUACGGCGAAGAUCGCGCCUCCGAGGAUCAGCUCGUCACUCCCUGGACCGUCUCCGUCGCCAGUGGGUAUAGUCUGCUGAGAGAUCCCCAUCAUAACAAGGGGCUUGCAUUCACUGAGAAGGAGAGAGAUGCGCAUUACUUGCGUGGUCUUCUGCCUCCCGUUGUUAUCUCCCAAGAGCUUCAGGAGAAAAAGUUGAUGCAUAGCAUUCGCCAGUAUCAGCUUCCCCUGCACAAGUACAUGGCUAUGAUGGAGCUCGAGGAGAGGAACGAGAGAUUGUUCUACAAGCUUCUCAUUGAUAAUGUGGAGGAGCUACUCCCAGUUGUGUACACUCCAACAGUUGGCGAGGCGUGCCAAAAAUAUGGAAGUAUCUUUAGGAGGCCUCAGGGUUUAUAUAUAAGUUUAAAGGAAAAGGGGAAGAUACUCGAGGUCCUUAGGAACUGGCCCGAGAGGUCAAUUCAAGUCAUUGUCGUCACUGAUGGUGAGAGGAUUUUGGGACUUGGUGAUCUUGGCUGCCAGGGAAUGGGAAUACCGGUGGGGAAAUUGGCAUUAUACACCGCUCUAGGAGGCGUCAGGCCUUCUGCGUGUUUGCCAAUAACAAUCGACGUUGGAACAAACAAUGAGACGCUACUGAAUGAUGAAUUCUACAUUGGGCUCAAACAAAGACGGGCGACUGGAAAGGAAUAUUAUGACCUUCUGGAAGAGUUCAUGACUGCUGUGAAGCAAAAUUAUGGUGAAAAAGUUCUUGUACAGUUUGAAGAUUUUGCCAACCACAAUGCCUUUGAGCUCUUGUCCAAGUACGGGACCACUCACUUAGUCUUUAACGAUGAUAUACAGGGGACCGCAUCUGUGGUGCUUGCCGGCCUCGUUGCUUCGCUUAAGCUUCUUGGCGGCUCCUUGGGUGAUCAUACAUUCUUGUUCCUCGGAGCUGGUGAGGCUGGAACUGGUAUCGCUGAACUUAUAGCGCUUGAAAUAUCAAAACAGACCAAAGCUCCUUUGGAAGAAACACGUAAGAAGAUUUGGCUUGUAGACUCAAAGGGAUUGAUUGUUAGUUCUCGUAAGGAAUCUCUCCAGCACUUCAAGCAACCUUGGGCUCACGAGCAUGAACCCUGUAAAAAUCUCUUAGACGCUGUCAAGGCUAUUAAACCAACAACUCUGAUCGGAACUUCUGGUGUUGGAAAACAAUUCACUAAGGAGGUGGUCGAGGCUAUGGCCGCCUUCAACAAGACGCCUCUUAUCAUGGCUCUCUCGAAUCCUACCUCACAAGCCGAGUGCACUGCUGAAGAAGCUUAUACUUGGACCGAGGGGCGUGCUAUCUUUUCGAGCGGAAGUCCUUUCGACCCUGUAGAGUUGAACGGAAAACUCCAUGUUCCUGGCCAGGCAAAUAAUGCUUAUAUCUUUCCCGGGCUUGGUUUCGGGUUGGUCAUCUCUGGUGCAAUCCGGGUGCAUGACGACAUGCUUCUAGCAGCUUCGGAGGCGUUGGCUGGUCAAGUGACGCAGGAACACUACGACAAAGGGAUGAUAUAUCCUCCAUUCACGAAUAUCAGAAAGAUCUCAGCUCAUAUCGCUGCGAAUGUAGCUGCUAAGGCAUAUGAACUAGGUUUGGCGACGAGACUCCCUCGACCAGCGGACUUGGUUAAGUACGCCGAGAGCUGCAUGUUCACACCAAACUACAGAAGCUACCGUUGAAGGAAGCAUGGUGUGUGUGGUUGUAUUUGUUUGUGAGAUUUGUUUGCUACAUUAUGUUGUUGCUUCUAAGUUCUAAAAUAAGUGUGAUCUGUGUAUCUAUCGAUGCUAAAUUAAACUUAAUAAACCGUUUUUUUUGCUUUCAA